AUGAGCCUCAACCUUCCUACGAGGAGGCUAGUCUCGUCCGCUCCCUCGACCCUGCAAUCCAUUGCACGACCAAUCCCUCGGUCCUUCGUUCUGCCAAUCCGUACGGUCACUCAAGUGCGGAACAAAUGGAGUUUCGGCGGUCUCUUCGGUAGCCGGCGUAAUAAAGCCAGCAGCAAUGACGAUCUCAUGACGGGAGGCGAGAACCUCGACGACCCCAAAGUCCGUCAACGCUUUGCCCAGCAGCAGCAGCCCCAGUUGUCCAGCUCCAUCUUCGAAGAGGAAGUCGAAGAUACCGUUUCCGAGGGCAAGAAGGGUUCCAAAGCCGACAUGGGGCAGGCCUCUCUGAAGACGCCCGAAACUACCGCCUGGCGACUCGACCCCGAUCCCCGAAGCCGUCUCCGUUGGGAACGAAAGAAGAUCAUUCAGAUGGUCCGCCGCAACGGCCGCGUCAGCCGUGCCGAGCGCAUUGCGCAGACCGAGAAGGAGCUGGCGCACAAGAGCCCCUUUUUGGAGACCAGUGUCAAGAAGCUCGUGCACUUGGCGCGCCAGAUCCAGGGCAAGACGCUGGAAGAUGCUGUUUUGCAGAUGUCCUACUCCAAGAAGAAGAUGGCGGCCGAAGUCAAGUAUCAGCUGGAAGAGGCACGGGACUUGGCUGUAGUCACGCGUGGCAUGGGCUUGGGCUCGAGCAAGGUCAAAAGGAAGGGCGUGGACGCGGAGACUCGACCCGUUAAGAUCCAGACCAAGGACGGCAAGUCGUUGACCGUCGAAGACCCGACGAGACUCUAUGUUGCCCAAGCCUGGGUUGGUAGAGGGCCUUGGAGAUCAAAGGGGAUCGACUACAAGGGCAGAGGCAGAUUCGGAAUCAUCCAAUCUCCCUCUACUAGUAUUUCGGUCGUGUUGAAGGAAGAGAAAACGAGAAUACGGGAGCACAGCGAGAAGCUCGCCAAGCAGGCGCGGAGGAAGCCGUGGGUUCAUUUGCCCGACAGGCCUGUCACAGCCCAGAGGCCCUACUACUCAUGGUAG